AUGGGAAGCGGGCAUUUCGAGCACUAUAUCACAAACCUUCGUGAGCUUGGUGUCCUCAAAGUCCGCGUCUUUACUUCUGAAUCUUGUCCUACAAUGUCGUCUUUCCAAGAGCUUCCUCUGGACAUCUUGGACCCUGUCAUCUCGAACCUGAGUGAUCGUAAGGAUUGGCGAGCUUGCACCCUCGUCAAUCGAGAGUUCAAUCGUAUCGCGACUCCUCUGCUUUACCGCAGUCUCGAUUCCAGGGUAGCGACGCAGAAUGGGAAAUUCGUGGUUCUUCACCCGUGCUUCACCUUGAUUCAGCGUCCCGAGCUUGGGAAGUAUGUCCGACACGUUACCGAGUCUGGGUCCAUACAUAAUCGAGUCACCUCGAGUUUUACCGAGCAAACUCUCCAGGCCUUGGUGCACUGCACGUCCCUGCGCUCAUUUACCUGGACAGAUGAUUCUGAUGCAGGCUUUGUCCUCUACCGCUUCCUCGAGGUCAUCAGAGACCUACCUGGACCUCUCGAGGACAUAAAAAUCCGAUCUCACUUGGAUGUUGGGCAAGAUACCUGGGACCUGUUGACGACAUUCUCCGGAUUGAAGAGCGUCUCGUGGUUUUGCAUGGACGGUCCGCCCAGAGUCUUGCAAGGAUGGGGCGAGCGUUUGGGGCCUACCCUCACCCAUCUCGAGCUCGGUAGAUGCGCGGGCGUUCCACCGAGCAUCCUCGUCUCUGUCAUUUCACAGCUUCCCAAGCUGGAGAGUAUCCUCUUGAAAGGAGCACCAGCAUCAGCAGUGGCCACCAUUCUGGGUAUCCUCCCCAACCUCCGACACCUUGACACCGAGUACAUCCCCUCCGGCUCCUCUCGCUCCUAUAACCGAUCUCUCGGGGAGGCAGCAGACGACCCUCGCCCUCCUCUCACCCAUUUGAUGGUCCGAACCUCCUCUCUAGACUUCCAAGGCCCGCGCAUGCUCUGGAGUUGGAUCCUUGCCAACGUUCCAGGACCUGAACCCCACCUCGAAGUGUUCAGGUUGCACUCUUUUGCGAGCGCGAUGACGCAUAUCGAAGUCCCUCGGACGUUCAUCCUGGGAUUGGCUAGGAUUCAUGGGAGCUCGUUGAAGCAAUUCUCAGCGUGCGGUGCUCAGAUGACUUUGACGGAUAUUGAGUGUUUGUGUGGGAUGUUCCCUCAGUUGGAGUUCAUUGAGACGAGCGUAUGGGUCGAAGAAGGGAAUAUGGAAUCAUUGAAGUUCGCAAUCGCUAAAGGCAAAAAUCUACGAGCGCUAAAGCUCAACGUUCGAUCCCGUUUCUCCACUCGAGAUGCAACAAAUCUCAUGCUGCGAGACGAGGAUUCAAAAUUGCGAUUCAUCAGUGUCGAUGGAUUCCAAUACACCGGCAAAUGGUACAUCGUCGAUGACGACCUUGAGGAAGAUGAGCUCGAAAAUCGAGCGGAUUAUCAGGUCAUGCACAAUAGUAGAGGCGGACGGGUGGUCCUCAGGUUCAUCGUCACCAAAACUGAUUCCGCAGAGGACUUGAACUGGUGA